AGAGUUCAGAGCAAGAAACACAUGGAGAACAACAGAUAGGAGAUGAUUCAGAAUCUCUACAGCAGAGUAAUCAAACAUCAGGAGUCCCCCCAAAAAUGCAAUACAAAGCAUGCAUCAGACUUUUAAAGGACAAAGAUAAUCUUAUCUUUCCAGCCAUCUUCAGUUCAUGAUGAACGUGACCACAUUCGCUCUGAAUCUCUCCAGUUUACUCAAUGGGACAGACGCACCGGUUCGUGGUCCCGUCCACUGGAGGACAGCAAUGAUCACUCUCGUAACCAUUCCACUCUCCCUCAUUACCAUCACAGGCAACGUCCUGGUCAUGAUCUCUUUUCGGGUCAACCCACUCCUGAGGACAGUGAGCAACUACUUCCUCUUAAGCUUGGCUGUGGCUGACUUCAUUUUGGGCGCCAUCUCGAUGAACCUCUACACUACCUACAUCCUGAUUGGCCAGUGGACUUUAGGAAACCUAGCCUGUGAUGUGUGGUUGGCUGUGGAUUAUGUGGCAAGCAAUGCCUCUGUUAUGAACCUGCUGGCCAUAAGUGUCGACCGCUACCUCUCUGUCAUGCGACCUCUGACCUAUCGAGCCACUAGAACACCCAGAAGAGCUGCAGUGCUGAUUACUCUAGCGUGGACCGUCUCCUUUGUGCUUUGGGCUCCAGCCAUUUUGUUCUGGCAGUAUAUAGUGGGUGAACGGACCGUUCCAGAAUUCCAGUGCUCAAUCCAGUUCCUGUCUCAGCCUGUGAUCACAUUUGGAACCGCCAUCGCUGCAUUUUACCUGCCAGUAAGUGUUAUGGUUGCAUUGUACUGGCGGGUGUAUCGUGAGACAGAGAAACGUUCUCAGCAGCUAGCUGGACUGAUAGCAUCACAGGGAGGAUUCACUGGAAACGCAUCUCAGAGAUCUUGUCACAGCAAUUCUCGCAGUGUUGAGGAUGUAAGACCACAAACAGACCAAAAGCAGCACAGGAAGGGACAAAGGACCAUCUGUCCCACCAUCACCCAUCAAACAGCAGCGUGGUGGAAGAAACGAAGGGAGAGGGACGAGACGUCCAACUCAUAUACUACAUACAGCCAUCCACAGAUGGACACUGACCACGUUUCUCCAAGAACAGACGAAAACAAAUACAUUCCACUUGUUCGAAUGGAUAAAACUGCAGUCAAUAAUCAGUCCCCGCGGAGCUGUCAGCCAGGCAGUCAGAAUUCGCUUAAUUCGCCUAUGAGUCCAAUCACCACAAGUGCUGCUCAACCUUCUGCUCUAUCACUGACCACAGGCCAGCAGGGCCGGAAAGCCCGGACCUCGUGUCUGAUCAGGGAGAAGAAAGCGGCCCGGACCCUCAGUGCCAUUCUCCUGGCUUUCAUUGUAACAUGGACACCCUAUAACAUCAUGGUUCUAGUGUCCACUUUCUGUGACGACUGCGUUCCCGAGGGGCUGUGGCAGCUGGGAUACUGGCUCUGCUACGUCAACAGCACAGUCAACCCUCUCUGCUAUGCCCUCUGUAACAAGCACUUCCGGGUCACGUUCAAGGCACUGCUGCUCUGUAGGUGGAAGGAACAUAAGAAGGGGAUCAGGUGGACCCCGACUGGAAAUGGCUGAUUUCAUCACAACAUUUUCUUAAGAGGUGGAUUUUCUAUGCAUGAUAUUGGUUAUUCAGCACUCUGUGACCAGUCAUGAGUUCAAGGACAAAUACUGAUCUAUAUUAGGAUGCCAGAGAGCAUGUGGGCUUGAAAAGAUCCCAGAGAUCAAGGUUAUGCAUCAGAUAUAUGAGGUUCAGAUUGUCUGUUUUGUGUAAUCACGUCUCGGCAGCGCAUGUAGCAUUUUUCCGGUUUGAAUUGCCGAACUUCGACACAUUUAAAAUACAUAUGUAGCAUCUGGAGCUGUAGACAUUAGUAGUGUGACAUGCAAAACCUUUUUUUGUAAUUUGUCAUGACAUUAUAUAAAAUCUUGCAGUUAAAAACAAAAGCUAUUUUAAAAAUAUAUUCGUAUAUCUCAUGUAUAUUAUUUCACAUGUGUAGGACUCUAUACACUGAUAAAUCGCAGUUGUUAUUUACUGUGCUAGUAGAGGUCAUAAAAAAUACUCAAUUAUGAUUAUUUCUCUGUUACAUGUAUGUUUAUUAUGGAAAGGCCGAUAUGAAAAAUGUAAAUAAAAAAAGACAGAAAAAUACAGCAUUUACAUUCAAUACCAAAUACAAACUGACAUGAUAUACCAAAAGAACUAAUACAAAACGAUACAGUACUCACGAUAAUUCAAUGUGGUUAGUCAACAAUAAUAGAUAUUGGUUAUAUCACAUACAAAAUUCUACGAAAGAUAACCCGCCCUAUGAGAGUGUUCUGUGGGAAUAAACUGGAUUAAUGAGUGAAAUUAAAAAUGCAGCACCAUCUUCUGGUUUUUGAAUCUGGACCUUGGCACAAAUACUUCCUGAAAGAAUAACUUGCAAGAAAAUAAUUAUAUACGACAAAGAUAAACAGAGAUCCACUACUCAUACAAAUGAAUAUUUAAAUCCAUAACAUCCUUAAAAGGAUUAAGCCAUAUGUUUGCUCUAUGUAAACAAAUGUAUCUUGAAUGAGCAAUAAAGAAAAGAAAUAUUUGGCAAUGCAUAAACAGGUGCUUAAUCAUCUCAACCAUUGGCCCCAACAUGGA